AUGCCCACACACCUCACAACCCGCCCAGAAUACUCCCUCUUAAUCGAUAGAUAUGACACAUGGAUGUUCGACUGCGACGGCGUAUUAUGGCACGGCGAUCGGUUGAUUGAAGGGGCCGUGGAGGUUUUGGAGAUCCUUCGGAAGCGAGGAAAGCGAAUUCUUUUCGUCACCAAUAACGCUAGCAAGUCGAGGAAGAGUUAUAAAGCCAAGUUUGAUCAGUUGGGCGUGGAAGCAAGUGUGGAAGAGAUAUACGGAUCAGCAUACGCUUCCGCGGUUUACAUAUCCUCCGUCAUGAAACUUCCAAAAGAUAAGAAGGUGUAUGUGAUCGGGAUGGCAGGCAUCGAAGAGGAGCUGAGGGAGGAGGGCGUUUCUUUCAUUGGUGGAACGGACCCAGCAGAUUGCACCCUCGAACCAUUCUCCCUUUCAUCUUUCUCCCUUGACCCAGACGUCCAAGCCGUCCUCUGCGGCCUAGACCUCAGCGUGAACUAUACCAAAAUAUCAAAAGCAUUCCAAUACCUCACACGAAACCCUGGCUGUCGAUUCCUAGUCACCAACGAAGACAGCACGUUCCCAAGCGCUGAUGGUCUCUUACCUGGAGCAGGAGCUAUCAGCGCUCCAUUACGCUUUGCACUGGAGAGGGAUCCGAUAAGUAUUGGGAAGCCUGCGAAGACGAUGUUGGAUUGUAUUCAAGCCAAGGUGAAAUUCGAUCCGGAACGCACGAUAAUGAUUGGGGAUCGGUUAAACACUGAUAUUUUGUUCGGACAAGCUGGGGGUCUGGCAACGCUCCUUGUUCUGACGGGCAUCACGUCGAAGCAAGAUAUCACCGGCCCAAACGCUUCACCAAUAGUACCCGACUACGUCACACAGUCCAUCGGAGACCUUCGUGUUGUUGAUGGACAUUAG